AUGUUGCAGCUGAAUAACCUCGGCGUCCGGGCGCUGGUGGAGUACUGCAAGAGUACGCUGACGAGCGUUGACCUCUCUGACUGUACAGGAUUAAACGAUGAGGUAACCACGAAAGGCGUGCAAUACAUCGCCCGAGGCUGCCCCAAUAUGUCGGUGCUCAACCUCUACCAUUGCGGAAAAGUCAAGAAUGGAGCUCUCAUUGCCCUAAGCAAGCACUGCCCCCGGUUGGUGUCGCUCAAUGUGGCGCUCAUCGGUCGUGUGACCGAUGCGGGUGUGUCUGCUCUAAGCCGGGGGUGUAGAUCUUUGCAGGCGCUCAACAUUGCCGGAGCUAAGGAGGUAACGGAGCGAGGCGUCUGUUGCCUAGCUCAGAACUGCCCGGGCCUCCAUACGCUCAACAUUACCGGCUGUGUAGAAGUUGGUCUCGCGGGGCUGCACGGCCUAAUCGAAGGCGUCGGGCCGUCGCUGGUUCAGGAGGCAAAGACGUUCUUCGGCUUUAUACCACAAAGGAGCAUGAUAGACCGCAGGAGGAUAGAGGAAUCGCACAAGGCUAUCGAGCUCGCAGCGGUGCUCGCUAUCCAGAGAUGUUGGAGAAGAUACAAAAAGCGGUUGGCGGACGCGCUGAGAGCCGCCUACGCCCAAGCCGAAGCUGCGGUUUGCACUAUCCAGGCGGCUUACUAUCGCUACCACAAAAAGUUGGUAUGGUGGGAAACACGUCUGCUCAGGAAGCAAAACAAGGCGGCACUCGAGAUACAGCGAGUGUACAGGGCACACAGACUAACAGAAACCUCUGCCUCUCAAAACACCGCCGGUCGAACACGCCAACAACGCUGGCAGUCGGCCAUCGAAGGGAUGCUUGAAGAUCGGAAGCAGGAGCUUCAACAUGCGGCGGCUGUGCGAGUACAAGCCACGGUGCGGGGGUGGAUUGGCCUCAAACGGUGCGCGGCAUGGCGGGAGGUGAAGCGACAGAGGGUGCGAGAUAUUGACAUCAGCUCGGGCAAGAUGCAGGGCAGUGCGCGUUGCUUCCUCGCGCGAAUCUGGCUGAGUAAGCUAAAGAUGCAAAAAGAGACACAGAAAGAGAUCGAGCGAAGAGCCGCUGUUCAACUCCAGUCGUUCUGGAGGGGUUGCAUUGGCAAGCAUACGGGUGCCCAGGUUAAGAGCCAGAUGGCAAGAGUCAAGCGAGCAAGGCACCGCACCGCAAUCAAGCUUCAGGCGGCGUUCAGGGGGCACCGUGGGCGAGGAGAGUGGAGAAGAGUGCACCGAGAGUGGAAGAAGAGUAGCAGGGCGGCUCGAAAGAUCCAAAAGGUGUUUAGAGGCGGCCGCGUGAUGAGUUGGCGAGAUGUUCGUCUGAACAAGGUGGCGCAGCACGUGUUUAUGAGGCAAGAGAUGGAGUUCCAGGAGAGGUUGGACGGCGGUCGUGCUCGCUACCAGCAUCUCGUUGACGAGGCCGGCAGGGACUCAUGCAGCGAGGAUGACGACGAAGCAGAUGCCACCGACCACUGGGAGGAGAUCUGGGACGAGGGCGCGGACCAUAGUUAUUGGUGGAACGCCGCCUUACGGGAGUCUUCACCCGUGAAGCCCUUGGCCUUCGAGGAAGGCCUCGUGGGAAUGCGAGUGUGGCUAACUCGUCCGACGUCCGCUGGCCUGGCGGGCGAGGGUCAACUCACACGGCUCAACCGCAAGAGGGUCAAACACCGCCUGGAAUUCGACAGCGGGGGGCGGAAAUGGAUCAACCUUGACGACGAGCAAGACGCCAUGAUGGUGCGGAGCAACGGGGCAUGGGUGCAGCUGAGAAACUUCAUCGAGCCUGCCGUCGCCGAGGCCAGAGCGAGAAAAGAGAUGCUUAGCAGGAGGCGAAGAGCCAACCAGCACCUCUUCGACAGGGAGCAAAGGUGGGAGCACUUGUACGACGAAGCAACGGGAAAGCUCCGGUACUUCGACCCGAAAACAGGGGACGUUGUUGUCGCAAUGGAAGAUGCAGCGAAGUGGACGAUGGAGCAAGACGACGCCGGUGACAUCAUAUUUGUCCACCGAGAGACACAGGAAGUGGUAUACGACGACCCUCGGUUCGAAGAUGGCCAAAAGAAGGAAAGAGCAAGGGCCAAAAUGCAGUGCUUGGAAGACACCAGGUUUGCCCGAUACUUUUGCGACCAGCUUUGCGAUCGGUAUCGUAUGUACGAACAAGGUCAAUUGGAUGCCAAGGGGAAGAGGCUACUCUUGGAGGCCUUGGCUUCAGGGGACAGUGCCCUUAAGAUGUCAUCAGCCGUCGCUUCGGCGCGAACGGUGUUCCGCGAGAGGGAACUUCAGGAGAAUGCCGAGCUUCAGGCGGCGAUGUCGUUGGGCAAGUACAUGCAGGAGCUGAAGGUGUGGGCUCAGGAGGAGAUGGAGGCUUUCGUUUCGCGAAAGGCCCGUUACCUCAAGGGCGGCUCGGAAUCUUCAAUAGGUGGCUCCAACGAAGUGCUCUACCUAGGACAGGAGGAAGCACGGGGGAAUGUGGUGCUUUUCCCGGGAGACGUUCAAGACCUGCACCAUCGAAUGAUAUCCGUAGGUCACGAGGAAUUUUCGGACUACUGUGUGGAGAGCACAGCCCGGACGUUGGCACGAAGGUUUCCCGGGCACGCGGUGUGGGUGGUGUUGCCAAAGACCCACGUGCACAGCGCCCUGGCGUCCUACGAUAACUUUGCGAAAACGGACUGGGCUACGGGUGGCGCUGUCCUCGAGUACCUCCCAGACGGUUCGGCGUGUGAGCACCUUGAGGCCCUUCUCGGCGCCGCCGCAGACGCGGUGCAUCAAGAGGACGACAGAUGCGGCGACACCACCUCUCGCAGGCCCGACAUUUCCCUCCCCCUCACGCUGGUGGGCUUCAGCAAAGGUGUGGUUGUUCUCAACCAGCUCGUUACGGAGCUCGCGUGCUCGCCCCCCCCGGCAGCAGCAGCACCGGCGCUGCCAAAGACGAACAGCAGCACGCGCAGCGACGUCGACGGCGACGGCAUUAAGUUGGCCGGUAACCGCAAGCGAUCCCGCGUCUCCAUGAGCAACAGCCGCCGGUGCAGUAGCAGCUGCGGCGGAGGCGGUGGUGAACGCUUGGCAUGCAGCGAGGGGGAUCUGACCAACCCCCCGAGCCCAGCGGACGAUGGUGACAUUGGUGCGACGAUGGCUUCGAGCAACUGGCCAAUGGGGUGGGAGGGCGGGCGUGACAAAGAGAGGCGGGAGGACGCGGGGGGCACGGGUAACGGUACUCCUCACGACGGGAUCCAAGACGGAUAUAAACCGCAUCAGGACAAGACCGGUUCGCUGUGGUCCCGGCUGUGGAGCGCGUUCGGCAUGUCGCGCCUCAAGACAAGAACGAUCUCUUCUACCAGCCUCCCGUCGGCGUCGAGCACCGACGAAUCUCCAAACGAUGACGAUCUCGACCAAGAGAAGGAAAACAGCAGCAGCAGCAGUAGCAGCUACGACCCUAACCCCCCGAGAACUCUCACCACCCCGCCGUCGACAGCAGAAGAAGCGGCGCGGGGGGGGGGCUGCUGCGACGGACCGCUCAAGUGGAGAGGUGAGAAACGCCGCCGGAGACGCAACCGGCCCACCAGCAUUUCCGGGUCCACGCCUCCAGGCGAACAAGGAGACAGCCGCGGGGGCAAUACCACGUGCAUUGGCGGUGGGACCCUGAGUGGGUGCGACGCCGUUUGCGAACGAGGACGGGACGAUAACGGCAGUUGUGCGGCGAACCGGCUGUUCGGCCGAGUCGCCGCCGUCCACUGGGUCGACGGGGCUAACGCGGCGGUGGCGGGGUCGUUCCCGACCAACCUGCGCUCCCUGGCAAGGCUAGCCGCGCUCCCGAACCUCUCCAUCCGCGUGCACGGGACGCCCUACCAGUGGUCGAGCCAGUACCGCCCCUGGCUCGCUUCCGAGGCGACGGCUUUCUUGGCUUCCGUUGAGGGCUUCCGAAGGGCCCUUCGUUCAAGGGAAGAAGGGUCCGCGUUCGCAACCAAGAGCUCGACGACGGCCAGCAGGAUGAGCGGAGGGGGAGACGGCGGUGAGGUGGGGGUGUUCUCGACGGACGCUGCCGCCCGCGGGGGAGGUGAUGGUCUCGCCGCCGGGGUGGUGGCGACAGAGUCGGAAGGGUCUGGGGGGGAGGGCUCUAAAGGAGGGGGUAGCCGUGUCGGAGGAGCGGCUUUUGACGUGAAGCGUCUGGUGUAUUUUGAGAACGAGCAGCCGUCCUUGGAAAAUCACUUCCGAGUGCUGGCGGACCUCAACACGGAGUGAAGAGGGUCGCUUGGUUAUUCUGUAAAUCCUGGCCUGGCUGUUGUCAUAGUUGUGCGGCGAGUGUGCUUGAGCUGAACUCUCGGUUUGACUCUGCUCAUGUUUGUGAUGUUUCUCGUCUUGCCGCCAUUUUCUUGGGCGGACUAUUGCGCCGCACUGUUAGUUGGCUGUACGACCUGUGGUUCGGCUGUGUCGACUAGCCGCCCUUUACCCAGGCGGGGCGCUGUGCCGCACGCAUUCAUCCAAGCGCUUGAGCUGAGCAAGAUGCUCCCGCCCGUUUCGGCUAGUGUUGUCCUUUGCCAACGUUGUUGCGUCGUAACGCCGUCCGUGUCCAGUACCACAUAUCAUACUUUUUUAGAAGGCGUUCGAAGCGAGAAUCACUUGCAGUAGGCAUGUUCCACCCUGCCACCCUGUCGGGUGUUUUUUUUGUAGGUGGCCUGCGACUCUUGCGAGGUGCCGCUGAGCGCACGGUGUGGCCACCAUGGCACCACGUGUUUUCGGGAUGACGUUUCUCUACGACUUGGAACUUGACUUGGUUCAGCCUUCGGGCCACACUCGUAUGUUCGAUUGUUGCAGGAUCUUUUGUGGUUUGAGGAGGCGUUUUCCCGAGAUACAAAAACCUGCCAAGGUACGGUAUGUAAAUAGUACAUGUGCUUGUCGUAAGAUUUGCUUUUUUAGAGUCUUCGUUGCCUCGACAUUGGACUUGCGAGUUUGAGGUUGGAAUGUAUUGAGGAGGGGUAGGGGUCAUAUCAUGGUUGUGUGUGGGGUGUUCGAUGUUUGUAUCUAUUUUGCAUUCCCGUCCACAUGACCGGGAUUUACGAUAGAAGUAGUAGAGAGGAAAGGGAAAACACGUGCUUUGGCACGGUC